AUCACGUGGGCGCCGUGUCGAAGGUCACAGCGCGGCUCACAAUGGAGCUCUCGGAGCCCGUGCAAAGCGGCUUACAGAUCCUGGCCGACCCGGGCUGCUUCUCGCUCCGAGCCUUCGGGGCGCUGCUCCAGGCUGCCUUCCAGAGCUUGCUUGGCGUCCAGGCCGAGCAGGCCGCCUUCGACUACCCAGAUUUGGAACAUAUUGAUCCAGCAAUACUAAAACAUUGCCAUGCGGCAGCUACCACUUGUAUAAUAGAAGCUGGGAAGCAAAAAGUUGACAAAUCUAUUAUAAGCACCUAUCUAGAAGACUGUAAACUUGACAGAGAAAGAAUUGAACAAUUUUGCACUGAAUAUCAGAAACAUAAGGAUACCUUGGAAAUCAUAUUGGGAAGUAUAGGCAGAUGUCCACUACAUAUAACUGAUGUUUGUUGGCGUCUGGAAUAUCAGAUCAAGACUAAUCAACUUCAUAAAAAUUAUCGCCCUGCCUAUUUGAUGACCUUAAGAGUAGAGAACAAUGAUUCAAGAUCUCAUCAGGACAUUAAUUUUAGUUGUUCUAUGGAGCAAUUGCAGGAUUUAGUUGGAAAGUUAAAAGAUGCAGCUAAAAGUCUAGAAAGGACAACUCAACUAUAAUUACAGACUUGGCAAUCAACUGGAUUGAAGAAGAAAAGAAAAUGCUUGCUUCUUUGUUGACUGUAUGAUGAUCUUGCUCCUGGUUCUUAUUUAAUGGAACUUUGAUACAUGUUUGGUCAAACAGAAAUGGAAUUUUUACUUUCUAGAUAACAUUACAAGAUUUGUGUGCAAUGAAAACUGUUGAAUUUAUUGAACAAUUAUGAUAUGAUAUAUCCUUUUGAAAUAUCUGUUUGUGUUUCAGUUUUGCCCUUUUUAAAAUAAAUCUUUGAUUUCCUAUUUUCUAUUUUAACAUCUAAUAAACAAGAGAACAUGA